AUGUCUCCCAAACACAUGCUAGUCUUUCUGCUACCAUUUCUUUUGGUUGCAAGCUCCCUAUCCAUACUCCCAUCCUCUUCACCAGCAAACAAUGAUGCUAAACCACAACCACAUACUCCCAAACCACCACAUCAUAAUAAACCAUCACCACAUAUUGAAAACGGCCAUCCCAAACCACCACAUCAUGGUAAACCACCACCAGACAUGGAAGAUGCAUCACAUAAAGGUAAACCACCACAUAUACCACCACGUCAUGGUAAGCCACCGCCUAUUGGAACCACAAAGGAGUUGCCACCGAAGGAGCAACAAAGCACAAAAAAUCCACAUCCCAGGCCUGGACAUGGUGGUCAUAACGUGGAAUCAACCAACUUUCGACCAAUUGAUCCACCAGGUUCCGAUUAG